AUGGCCACACCACCCCCCUCCAGCACCCGCCGCCUCCUGCCCCUCUCCCUGGGGCUCUUCCAGGGCGCCCUGCUGCUCUUCUUCGCCCUCUUCGUCACCUACGACGAGCCCUCGGCCGUGGCCACAGAGGCAGAGGAUGGCAUCCGGGCUGCCGAGCAGCUCCCCAGCAUCUUCCCCCUCUUCCAGGACAUCCAGGUGAUGCUGGCGGUGGGGCUGGGGCUCCUGCUGGCCUUCCUGCCCCGCUACGGGCUCAGCGCCCUCGCCCACAAUUUCCUCCUGCUCAACUUCUCCACGCAGUGGGCGCUGCUGCUGCAGGGCUUGCGCCACCGCUACCGCCAUGGCGAGGUCCGCCUGGGUCUCCACAACGUCCUCGCCGCCGAGUUCGCCGCCGUCACCGUGCUCAUCUCGGUCGGGGCUGUCCUGGGCAGGACGAGCCCCUGCCAGCUCCUCGCCGUGGCUUUCUGCGAGGUCCCUGUCUACCUCGCGAGCGAGUGGCUCAUCGUCACCCAGCUGGGCGUCCGCGACGUGGGAGGCACCAUCACCAUCCACGUCUUCGCCUGCUAUUUCGGCCUCGGCGUGUCCAAGGCUCUGUUUGGGACGCAGAGGCGGCCGGCGCAUCCCAAGGAGACCCCAACGCCCCGAUCUGACCUCCUGGCCCUGGUGGGGACGCUCACCCUCUGGGUUUUCUGGCCCAGCUUCGUGGCCGCCCCGUGCCAGCCGGGUGAUGCCCAGCACCGGGCCAUCCUGAACACCCUCCUGGCCCUCAGCGCCAGCGCCGUCACCACCGUGGUGGCCUCCAGCCUGCUGGAGAGUGGCGGCAAGCUCAGCCCGGGCCACCUGCAGAACGGCAGCCUGGCCGGCGGGGUGGCCAUCGGCGCGCUGGCCGACAUGCCCAUCACACCGGCGGCCUCCCUGGCCCUGGGCAGCCUCUCCUCGCUCGUCUGCCUGCUCGGCUUCCGAUUCCUCACCCCGCUCCUGGCGAGGAGGCUGGCUCUGCACGACCAGUGCGGCAUCCACAACCUCCACGGCUUGCCGGGCAUCCUCGGCGCAGCGGCCAGCGCCGUGGCCGUCCUGCUCUCCCACGUCGAUGGCAAUGGGCUGGCGGAGGACCAGGGGGGCUGCGGUGGUGGCAGGCAGGCGCUGUGGCAAGUGGCAGGGCUGGCUGCGGCCCUUGGAGGCUCGCUGCUCAGCGGGAUGCUCGCCGGCGCCGUGCUGCGCCUGCCCUGCCUGGCCCCGCCGCCUGAGCCGCUUUGCUUCGAGGACUCGCUGAAUUUCAGGAUCCAGGGGCAGGCCGAGAGCCCAGGGAUGGGGGACGCCACCGAGGAAGUGGCCCUGAAGGAGCGGGUGUAG